AUGGCUAAGAUCCCGAGGAGUUUCCGUCUCCUCGAGGAGCUCGAGAAGGGAGAGAAGGGUCUCGGUGACGGUUCGUGCUCGUACGGUCUCAAGGACGGCGAUGACCUCGCAAUGUACCAGUGGAACGGCACGAUUCUUGGUCCUCCCCACUCUGCCUUCGAGAACCGUAUCUUCUCUCUGAGCAUCUACUGCGGUGACAAGUACCCUGAUGUCCCGCCCAUUGUCCGUUUCGAGAGCCGUAUCAACCUUCCCUGUGUUGACCAGAAUGGCCUCGUGAACCUUGCGCACGUCCGCUCGCUCGGCAACUGGCGCCGCGAGAACAGCCUCGAGACGAUCCUCGUCGAGCUCCGCCGCGAGAUGGCGUCCCCGGGCAACCGCAAGACGCCCCAGCCUCCCGAGGGAUCCGAGUACCCGCCCCUUGACAUUGUCGCGGUCGCGAAGCAGCGCGGCGCUUAG